AUGCCUUCCCCAGAGAUCGAGGCAAAGAAGCGUCGCACUCGCGGCGAGUUUGACAACGACAUGUACGCACAUCUCAACAACACCGUAUAUGCCCAGCUCUUCGACUCCAUCGUCAACACCUACCUAAUCACCAACUGCGGAAUGGACCCCUUCUCCAUGAACAACAACAACAACAAAGACAGCAACGCAUCGCCCAUCUCAAACCAAGUCGCCAUCAUGGUAAACUCCUACUGCGACUACUUCGCCUCAGUCUCCUUCCCCGACGUGUUGGAUCUGGGCCUACGCGUCGCAAAACUCGGGUCGUCGAGCGUCACCUACGAAGUCGGGGUGUUCAAGGAGGGCGAGGACGCCGUGAAAGUGGUGGGUGGGUACACGCAUGUGUUUGUCGCAAGGGAGACGAUGAGACCGACCAGCGCGGGGAUGGAGGAGAGGACGCGACGGGAGCUGGAGAAGUUGCUGAAGGGGACGACGGGCGCGGCGGCCGCGAAGUUGUGA